AUGCCGCCCGGUCGCGCUCAAAUAGCCAAAUUACAGUUUGUAACAAGUUGUUCAAAACCACCUUUAUUUGGAUUUGCAUACUUGGAACCACCAUUUUCCAUAAGAUGUGUUCAAGUAGCAGACGAUGAAGAUUUUGGUGACACACUUUGUCGCCGCCACGACGUAACAUCUCGUGUAAAACAGUUUGAAGUAGAUUUGGUUUGUCAUGUAUUGCCAGUAGUGGUUGAUGGCUUACCUAAUUGUCCAAAACCAGCAAGCGGAUGGGACAUACCAGAAGACCUGAGACCGGAGCUGGCUGGUCCCUUCUUUGACGUUUCGGGAAAGGUUGACCUACUCAUCGGCGGUGGAACAUUCUUCGAUCUAUUCGAGCCAAAAAGAGUUCGGUUGCCAGCUAGAGGUGUCUGCUUGCAAGAUUCAAAGUUUGGUUGGGUAGUAACAGGAGAAAUUGGCACUACCUCGCUUUUAGCUGCAUGCUCUAUUGAACAAGCAUGUGAGGACAAAUUUAGAAAUCUAUGUAAGGAUGAGCUUGAGGCAUACGGAGCAUCAUCCAAGUCCAAUAAGAAAUGCAUUGAAGAGCAGAGACCUCUAAAGCAUUUUGAGGAAACCGCGAAUCGAGACGAGACGGGCCGGUUUGUGCUACGACUUCCAUUGAAACCUGAAAAAUGUAAACUUGGAAGCACGCUAGAAAUGGCCACCACUAGAUUCCUGAGUGUUGAGCGAAGGCUUCAGAAGGAUGAAGAACUGAAGAUGCAAUAUAUAAAGUUCAUGGAGGAAUAUUUGAAAAUGGGCCACAUGAAAAAGGUGUGUCAAGAUUUAAAUCCACCUGAAUAUGUUUUCUAUCUUCCCCACUAUCCAAUAAUUAAGUUGUCAAGCCUCACAACGAAACUGCGAGUCGUUUUUGACGCAUCGGCUAAGAGCUCUUCGAAAAUAUCGCUGAAUGAUGUUCUUAUGUGUGGGCCGACAGUCCAAGAGGACCUGUUUUCAAUUUUGGUAAGAUUUCGCAGAUAUCACUUUGUUAUAACAGCAGAUAUAGAAAAAAUGUUUAGGCAAAUAAAUGUAGCUUCGGAGGAUCAAGAUUUUCAGAGAAUAUUUUGGCGGUCGCAACCAGAUGAAGCGCUACAAAUCUAUCGCCUCACCACUGUGACCUACGGGACGACAGCAGCAUCAUUCAUGGCCACCAAUUGUUUAAUAUCGUUAGCGGAAGGUGCAAGAGAAAGUCAUCCAAAGGUUUCAAGAAUCAUACAACGCGACUUCUAUAUGGACGACUUAAAGACUGGCGCCGAUACAACUGAAGAGUGA